ACCCCCCUUUUGGACACUGAAACCACCCUGGACUAUGGGCACAGCCUUACCCAGGCGUCCUCAGAGAAGAUCUGGAGAGCUGGGAAGUUGCUCUUCACCCACCUCACCAGCACCUGUCCCAGCCUCAUCAGGGACCACAAGCACCACCUCAGGCACCACAGGCAGUGCUGCUCUGGGAAGGAGCUGGUGGACUGGUUGUUGAGCACUGGGUUGGGUGUCCAGAGUCGUGGCCAAGCUGUGGGCAUCUGCCAGGUCCUGGUGGAUGGAGGGGUCCUGACCCACGGUGAGGACUGGUGGGGGCAGCUCAACCCCAUGGUGAAGAGGGAACUGGCGUCCGUGCUGAUGUUCGAGUCCCACCAGAGAGCAGGGACUGUCUGUGAGUCUCACCUGGCCCAGGAGCCCCCCCAAGGGACACCCAGUCCCCUGGGAGAAGGUCCCCAACCCAAGGGUUUGGUGGCCACUCUGCACGAGGGGGACGAUUUUGGGCAGCUGGCCCUGGUGAACGACGCGCCGCGGGCGGCCACCAUCAUCCUGCGGGAGGGCAACUGCCACUUCUUGAGGGUGGACAAGCAGGACUUCAACCACAUCCUCAAGGAUGUAGAAGCCAACACGAUGCGCCUGAAGGAGCACGGGAAGGUGGUGCUGGUGCUGCAGAAGAACCUGCAGGGUGGGAGCAACCAGGCAGCCACAACCAGGAGCAGCAGGUACUUUGUGGUGGCCGGGACACCUGAGAAGAUCCUGGAGCACCUGCUGGAGUUCAUGAGGUUGGAUGCCACCCUCUACGACCCCGUGGACACCCUGCUGGGGGAUUUCCUCCUCACCUACACGGUCUUCAUGCCCACCUCGCAGCUCUGCAGGGCUCUGCUCCACCAUUUCCGUGCAGAGCCCCUGGAGGGCUCGGAGCAGGACAAAGCCACCUACUCCCUGCACAAGAGGAGGAAGAUCCUGAGGCUGGUGAGCCAGUGGGUGCUGCUCUACGGGCGGCUGCUGCAGGGCGACCGCAGCACCACGGCGCUGCUGCAGAGUUUGGCCGACCUGGCGAGUCGGGACCCCCGGCUGGGGCGCUUUAGCGUGAUUGGCGGCGUCCCCGGGCAUAAGGUGGGGCUGCAGCUGGACGCCGUGGGGGUCUUCACAUCCUUGGGGCUCAACGAGAGGCUCUUUGCUGUGAGCGUGGAGGAGCUGGGCAGCCUGGUGGAAAUGAUCCACUACAUCAUGGGGCCGCAGAAGUUCCACGACGUGACCACGGCCAACCUGGAGCGGGUGAUGAGGCGCUUCAACGAGCUGCAGUUCUGGGUGGUCACCGAGCUCUGCCUGUGCCCUGAGCUGGGCAGGCGCGUCCAGCUCCUCCGCAAGUUCAUC